UUUCUUCGUUUACAUUCAGUGUGUCGCUCAAUAAUAAGGAAAGAAGAUGCUCCUCCUGAUUUCAUGCUUGAAAUAUGUUCCCCCUCAAAAUAAUAAUGUAUUCCGGCAUUAAAAUGCACAAUAAUACAGAACUAGGUUUAAAAAAAACUAACAGGGGCGAAUUAGAUUUAGCCAAUAAAAAAACCUUACAAAAAUUAUGCAUUCCGACUAUCAAUUUACAAAUUUUGGAACAACUAAAGGUUUAUAAUUAUCUCCGGUGACAAUCCCCGACCAUCCCCGGCGACCUUCGUCUCCACUGAUCUCUUCUCCGAUGAUCUUUCUGCUCUCUAGAUCUUGCUUAGUCCGGCUACCUCCUUUCUUUUUCAGAUCUUGAUUCGUCCGGCGACCCUCUUUCUUUUUCGGUCUUGCUUUUUUCGGCGACCAUCUCUCUUUCUCCAGUCGGAUUUUUCUGACGAAGUCGACUAAAAAUCUCACCGAAAACAACACUUUCGUCUUUGUUGUUGUGCUUUCUUCUUUUUACGGGCACUAUCAGAUUCGGUGUGUCUCUGGCCAACAACUAGAUUGACGCGCGUCAGCUCCGACAACAAGUUCUGGCGAUCAAUUUCAUCAUCAAAUUGACGGAACCCAACAACUCGACCAAGAUCAGGUGAAUGCUACAUUCACAUCGUAUCUGGUGCAUUCGCUCCUCUCAACUAGCUCUUUUAUGUUUGUUUUUUGUUGGUGACUGAUACCUCCUAUGUCAUCCAUAGUGGUAUCUCUGUCCAUUGAUUCUUUGUCUGUGAUUAUUUUUGAUUAUUGUUUCUGUUUCUCUAUAGUGUCGAAGUGGUCAGUGGAGUCACAUCUCUUUUGGUGUUGCCUGUUUUAAGUUUCAUUACUGUUUUCAUUCUAGUUUGUGGUGACUUCUGUUGUUGUUUCUAGUCGUAUUGGUUUCUAGUUUUUGGCUCAUUUGUCGUGUUUUGGUUUAAUUUAUGUUGUUGUUCCUAGUGCAUUUUUCAAAACUGGCAUUAUAGUGUAUUGGUUUUAUUUCUUUCGGCAUAGGCUGUUGAUUCUUGAUUCUUGAUUCUUUCCUGUAGAUUUGUAUGUUUUCCUUAGCAUAUAGUUGACACAACUUCACACUUCAUUAUCGAUUUCAUUCGUUAUUAACCGUUAUUUUCUUUAUAAGCCUGGCCUAUUUGUUUUUUAGUCGUACUUAUUUGUGGCCCUUCUUAUUCUUCCCUUAUUAAGUAGUGGCUUUGGUGGUCAAUGAUAGACUAAGCUCAUAUUAUACGUCAGGGUUGGGGUUGGGAUCGGGGUCCAAGGUGAGGUUGGGGUCCGGGUCAGGGUCGAGCUUGGGGUUAGGAGUGAAUAGUAGUAGGGUUAAGUGGGAUAGGGGAGCCUAUAGGUUGAGAAUUGGGUCUUGGAGCAUAGGAACUCUUCAAGGUAAGUUCAUAGAGCUUGUAAAGAUUCUUAGGAAGAGGAGGAUUAGUAUAGCUUAUGUCUAGGAGAUCAAAUGGGUAGGUUCUAAGGAAAAGGAUAUGAACGUGUGUAAGUUGUGGUACUCUGGUAGCAUGUGACAUAGGAAUGGGGUAGGUAUCUUAGUAGAUGAGGAGCUCAGGGGGCAUGUGGUGGAGGUUAAGCGGGUCAAACAAUAGGUUGAUGUCAAUUAAGUUGGUCAUUGGAGAGUCUUCGUGGAACAUUAUUAGUGCCUAUGCUCCAUAAGCGGGUUUGGAUGAGGAGGAGAAGAAGAUCUUUCGGGAGAUUUUGGAUGAGGUAGUGAGAGGCAUUACGAUCACUAAGAAACUUUUUGUAGGAGGUGAUUUCGAUGGGCAUAUCGGGUCAUUAUCAAGACGAGGCUAUGAUGAUGUGCAUGAAAAGUUCUAUUUCGGGCAAAGGAAUGAAUGAGGAGCCUUACUUUUGGAUUUUGCUAGGGCCUUUGGAUUUCUAGUAGCGAAUUCGAGCUUCCUGAAGAAGGAGGAACGCUUUAUUAUCAUUUGCAGUUCAGUGGCCAAGACUCUGAUAGACUUUUUUCUCCUUGGGAAGGGUGAUAGAGCACUAUGUAAAGAAUGUAAGGUCAUACCUAGCGAGAAUCUUAUGACCCAACAUAAGCUUCAGGUGAUGAACUUGAAAAUUAAGAAGGGUAGAAAACAUAGAGGGGGUGUGGAGGUUCGACAUAGAAUUAAGUAGGUAAGCUUGACUUUGUCCAGUGCUUUAGAGAUAGGGCAGAAGUUGACUAUGGGGGCUUGGAAGAGUAUAGGAUAUGUGGAUAGUAUGUAGGAGACAACCACCAGUUGUAUUAGGGAGACAACUAGAGAGGUGUUGGUUGUCUGGAGAGGCUGAUAUGGCAAGCACCUGGGGACUGGUGGUGGAACCAAGAAGUUAAGAGGAAGGUGGCUUAUGUGAAGUUGGUGGAAAGCAAGGAUGACGAGGACAAACGUACGAAUGAAAAGAGUAUAAGUUAGCUAGGAAAAAGGCUAAGUUCGCGGUUACAGAGGCCAAGAUAAUAAAUUUUGAGAGUUUUUAUGCGGCUUUAGAGGAGAAAGGUGGGUAUAAGAAAUUGUAUAGUCUUGUCAAGAUUAGGGAGCAGAGGGCUCAUGUCCUUGACCAAGUCGAGUGUAUCAAGGAAGAGGAUAACAAAUUGUUACUGGAUGAUGCUCUUAUUAGGAGGAAGUGGUAGUCUUAUUUUCAUAGACUUUUGAACGACGAGGGGGACAAAGGUUUAGUGCUGAGGGACUUAGAGCACUCAGAGUAGUGUUGCGAUUAUGGUUAUCGUAGGCGUAUUACGGUUGAGGAGGUCAAAGGUGUAGUUUUCUUUCUUUCUUGUUGGUCACCUCUAUUUGUCACAGCCUCCGACCACCACCGUAUCCCAUGUCCAUCUCCCCCACUACCCUUCUAUUGCCCUAAUACCACUCUUUUCCCUCAGACGCGUUAUUGCCAUCAAAUUCAUCAAAGUACUUCCUAUUUAUAAUAUUUAUAUGUUCUAAGGUAAAAAUGACACAUAAUUUUCCCUUUUAGUAAAAUAAUAAGUGAGAGUCGUGCGUGCUCUUUAUGCAAAACGAUGCUAUUUUGCAAUUGCAAUUAUUUAGAAUAGUCCUUCAUCAUCAAUUAUUUCAUGCUUUGAUAACAAGCUUCCAUUCCACCGUAAUUUCUCGCUUCCUAACUGAUCGGUGACUGCCACUGCCGAUUGGAAUAAGCACCUCACCGUCGCUCACCACUUUCUCCGCCGAGGACCAUCCCCAUUUCAGAAUGGAAAGAGGACAUCACGUUUUCUCUGUUGAUCUUCUUGAAAGAUAUGCCACAAAAGGCUGUGGAGCCAUUACAUGCAUGGCGACUGGCAAUGAUGUCAUCGUUCUUGGAACCAGCAAAGGCUGGGUGAUCAGACAUGACUUUGGAGUGGGUGAUUCUUAUGAUAUAGAUCUAUCUAUUGGCAGGCCUGGGGAACAAUCAAUUCAUAAGGUUUUCGUUGACCCUGGAGGGAGCCACUGUAUUGCCAAUGUUAUUGGUAGUAGUGGUGCCGAUACAUAUUAUACUCAUGCUAAAUGGAAAAAGCCUCGUAUAUUGGGCAAACUAAAAGGUCUUGUUGUCAAUGCUGUCGCCUAGAACAGACAACAUAUUACAGAAGCUUCUACUAGAGAAAUCAUUUUGGGUAUGCACAAUGGUCAACUUUACGAGAUGGCUGUAGAUGUAAAAGAUAAAAUGGAGAAGUACAUAAAGUUGCUAUUUGAACUUAAAGAACUACCUGAGGCAUUUACGGGUUUGCAGAUGGAAACAACAAGUGUGCACAAUGGUAUCAGAUUUUAUGUGAUGGCUGUUACACCUACUCGACUUUAUUCUUUCACAAGGAUUGGAUUGCUUGAAACGAUUUUUGCAAGCUAUGUGGACCGCACUGUUCAUUUUAUGGAGCUUCCUGGUGAAAUACCUAACAGUGAACUGCACUUCUUUAUCCAGCAAAGGAGGGCUGUACACUUCGCAUGGCUUUCUGGAGCAGGUAUCUACCAUGGUGACCUAAAAUUCGGAGCACAACAUAGUUUGCCAAACGUUGAUGAAAACUUUGUGGAAAACAAAGCUCUUCUGGAUUACUCUAAAUUCUCUGAAGGAGGUGAAGGAGUUAAACCUAGCUCUCUGGCUAUAUCCGAGUUUCAUUUCCUACUUCUCAUUGGUAACAAGAUUAAGGUGGUGAACAGGAUAAGUGAACAAAUAGUAGGAGAACUUUAUUUUGAUCAGACACCUGAUGCAGUUUCAAGAGGUAUUAUUGGCUUAUGUAGUGAUGCCUCAGCUGGGUUGUUUUAUGCAUAUGACCAAAAUUCUAUCUUCCAGGUAUCCGUAAAUGAUGAAGGCCACGAUAUGUGGAAAGUGUACUUGAACUUGAAAGAAUAUGCUGCAGCUUUGGCUAGUUGUCGUGAUGCUAUGCAGAGAGACCAAGUUUAUCUGGUUCAGGCUGAAACUGCUUUUGUUGCCAAGGAGUUCCUCAGAGCUGCAUCAUUCUAUGCAAAAAUUAACUAUGUAUUAUCUUUUGAAGAGAUCUCGUUGAAGUUCAUUAGCAUAGGGGAACAGGAUGCAUUGAGAACAUUUCUCCUGCGGAAGCUUGAUAUUCUUUCAAAGGAUGAAAAGUGUCAAAUAACUAUGAUUUCAACAUGGGCAACUGAAUUAUAUCUUGAUAAGAUCAAUCGGCUGCUUCUGGAAGAUGAUGUUGCAUUGGACAGUAAUAAUUCCGAGUACCAAUCACUCAUUAAGGAGUUUCGUGCUUUCCUAAGUGACUGCAAGGAUGUAUUGGAUGAGGCAACCACCAUGAAACUACUGGAAAGCUACGGUAGAAGUGAUGAGUUAGUGUUCUUUGCUAGUCUAAAGGAGCAAUAUGAAAUUGUGCUUCACCACUACAUUCAGCAAGGAGCAGCAAAGAAGGUGUUACAAGUUCUUCAGAAGCCUAAUGUUCCAACAGAACUUCAGUACAAGUUUGCGCUAGAUCUCAUCAUGCUUGAUGCAUAUGAAACUGUUGAGUCAUGGAUGACCACCAAGAGUUUGAACCCGAGAAAGCUCAUUCCUGCAAUGAUGCGUUAUUCAAGUGAACCACAUGCAAAGAAUGAAACUCAUGAAGUAAUCAAGUACCUGGAAUAUUGUGUUCAUCGUUUACAGAAUGAGGAUCCUGGCAUUCACAAUCUGUUACUUUCCUUAUAUACCAAAAAGGAAGAUGAGAGUGCUCUUCUGAGUUUCCUAGAAUGCAAGUUUGGUAAAGGGCAACCAGGUGGCCCUGAAUUCUUUUAUGAUCCCAAAUAUGCGCUACGCCUUUGCCUCAAGGAAAAGAGAAUGCGAGCUUGUGUUCAUAUAUACAGCAUGAUGUCUAUGCACGAAGAAGCAGUUGCCCUUGCACUACAGGUUGAUCCAGAGCUUGCGAUGGCUGAAACAGACAAGGUAGAAGAUGAUGAGGACUUGAGGAAGAAGCUUUGGCUUAUGAUUGCUAAGCAUGCCAUUGAGCAGGAAAAAGGAACCAAAAGGGAAAAUAUACGAAAGGCAAUUGCUUUUCUCAAGGAAACUGAUGAUCUUUUAAAGAUUGAGGACAUCUUACCUUUCUUCCCAGACUUUGCUUUAAUUGAUGACUUCAAGGAAGCAAUUUGCUCAUCCUUAGAGGAUUACAAUGAGCUCGAAAAACUAAAGCACGAGAUGAAUGAUGCAACCCGUGGUGCCGAUAACAUUAGAAAUGACAUCAGCGCUCUUGCUCAACGAUAUAUUGUCAUUGAUCGGGAUGAGGAAUGUGGGAUAAUGGUUUGUCGGCGGAAAAUAUUAAAUGUGGGUGGUGACUAUCGAAUGACUACAGGUUAUAUGGCUGUUGGACCAAUGGCUCCUUUCUAUGUCUUCCCAUGUGGACAUGCGUUUCAUGCACAAUGCCUGAUUGCUCAUGUGACAAGGUGCACUAAUCAAGCUCAAGUCGAAUACAUUUUGGAUCUGCAGAAGCAACUUACUUUACUUGGUGCUGAACCUAAGAAUGUGUCAAAUGGUGGCUUGUCUGAAGAACCGCUAGCUAGCGUGACACCCAUGCAUAAGAUCCGUUCACAGCUGGAUGAUGCUGUAGCCAAUGAUUGCCCGUUUUGUGGUGAACUUAUGAUCCGAGAGAUUUCUUUGCCUUUCAUCCUUCCAGAAGCAGCAGAAGAAUCUGAAUCGUGGGAGAUAAAGCCACAUAAUCAUCCUAGUCAGAGGAGCCUUUCCCUGUGUGUGAUUUUAUCAUCUGUUAGUGGUGAACUUCUGAUCCGAGAGGUUUCUCCCUGCAAUUGCUUGUUUGAGGUUUUCCCCAGAAAAUGAAAAAUUCGGCGGGACAUGGAGCAGUUACAGCUUACUGAGGACAUGACUCUAGAUAGAAAGAUCUGGAGGAUGCGUAUUAGGAUAGAAGACUAGUGACUUUUUCGGUAGGUAGGAUAGGGCUUUACUUGGCCGGUGCAGUAUUCUUGUUAUGCUACAUUACGAUUGCUUACUAUUCUUUGUUUACUACUCCUUAUAGGUGGCGUAUUUAUGUCAUGCCAUAUUGUUCCA